AUGUCUUCGCUCGCGCGGCGCGUCGCGGUCGUCGCGCGCGUCCACAGACAACGCGUCGCCGCCCGCCGCUCGAGCGCUCGAGCGAACGCGACGAGCGCGACCAAGUCGAGCGAGAACGAGGUGAUUCUGGUGACGGGCGCGACCGGUCGAGUGGGCAAAGAAGUAAUCGCUCGGCUGCGAGCGAUCCCCGGAUUCACCGUGCGAGCGGCGACGCGGGAUAAAGAUGCGUACGCGAAAGCACUCGGGGCGCACGAGACGACGCGGUUCGACCUUGAGGAUGAAAAGACGUGGGGACCGGCGAUGGAGGGGGCGACUCGGUUGUUCAGCAGCACGCAGGACAAGUACAUCGAGCGGCACAUGGCGUUCGCGAAAUGGUGUGGGAGAACGCCCGAGGUGCGAAAUAAUUUGAAACACAUCGUACGGAUCAGUUGUUUCGGGGCGGAUACGAACACGAACGCGUACGAUGCAAAUGCGCACGUAUCGCGCGAUAACGCCGGGAUACCGCUCAUGUUGCAGCACUAUUGGUGGUCCGAGGAGUGCUUCAUCGACGCCGGGUUCAAGGAUAGGUUGACGUCCAUUCGAGGAAAUUUUUAUAUGAAUCACUUAUUGAAGAAUGAGCUGGAGAGCAUAAAGAGCAAGGGGACGUUCACGUCGCCUCUGGGGGAGUGUAAGAACAGUUUCGUCUCGUGCAAUGACAUGGCGGAAGCCGCAGUGCGGUGCUUGGUCGAGGGACCAGAGCGACACGGCGAUAAGUACUACGACAUCUGUGGGGCCCAGUCGACGAGUAUGCAUGAAGUGGCCAAUAUUUUGACGAAAGCCCUGGCCACCGACGAAGCGAAGGACGUGUGCCCGGAGGCGUACGGAAAACGCAUCACUUACGUGCCCCAAGACAUCGAGCAGUUCGAGAAAGAUUUUGGCAGCACGCGAGCAGAGUUCUUCGAGUACCUCCGUAACGGCUUCUACUCGAGAUGUUCUCCAGACUUUUACAAUAUCACCGGUAAACGGCCAUUGACCUACUACGAGUACUUGACAACAAAAGGUGCCGCCGGAGAUACGGGACUGGCCGAACUCUUCUCUUCGCAAGGUGCGAUCUUCACAAAAGGUGUCGAUCAGUUCAAAGAUCUUAAGAAUAUCACGAAAUGA